AUGGCCACACUAAUUGAUUGGAACACUGUUGCUAGCGACGGAGACCCUGCACAAUACCCGAGCAGAGUACCCUCCAACCAUCUUACUACGUACCUCCAGGGUGUCAUCAUCGCUGUGAACGGCGAUCCAUACAUCCAGAACACUUUUGGCUCUGUCGAGUUUACAACUCUGCCUAACAACUACCUGCUCGAAACAAGAUCGCGCCAGAACUCUAACCAGAAGGAUCACUACGUCCACGGUCAUCCGAGAGGGCAGUUUCGCGCCGUAGGAGAUUUUGCCAAACACAUCGUCGGCCUUUUGCGUAGAAACAAUCUACAAAACUGUACUUGCCCGCGUUGUCCUCCACCAGCACAGAUCGUCAAUCCAUCUCAAGUCAUCAAUCCCCCUCAAGUCGCCAAUCCCCCUCAAGUCGCCAAUCCCCCUCAAGUCAUCAAUCCCCCUCAAGUCAUCAAUCCAAUCCAACCCCCUAUCAAUCCUACAACGGCAUCUUCAGCUCCUAUGGAUGUCGACACUGUUAUGGAUGAAGACGGCACUCCUAACGUCUUCGAGGAGCUUCUCUACAAGGCCAAGCAAGGCGAACGCAUCUCGCAAGCUAUCACAGAGCCAAAGUCGCUGGAUUGGCUGCUCGAGAGAGAGGCCGCCGGCCUUCCUGCUUACUUGGAGUCCCUGAAGACUUCCAAUCGCCACGUACCUCGUCUUGGUGAGAUCGUCCUCAUCGCACGCCAUCUCGAGGGUACACAGAGGAUCGUCCGCGACGGUGAUGUCCACAGGAUUGUCGAGCCCGGUAUUGGCUAUGUCGGCUUUCCUGUCUGGGAAGCUGCAGUCGUCACUCAGGUGGACAAGAGAACCGUGACUGCUGGCCUUCUGGAGGGCGUGAACGCUCCCAGAUUCCGCGUGGAACCCAUGUCAGAGAUUGGCAACUCAAGCAAGGCUUGGUCGACUCGUUACGAGGAAAUCAGCAUUCUCAACGUCCGCCCCUUCCGCUUCUGGCAGCAGAUCUUAGGCGAGGCUGACACCAACAAUCCCAAGGAGCUCCACCCCACUGUUCGCCAUGCCUUGACUGCCAUGGCAUCCAUGUCUGUUGUCGACCGUUUCCACUUCGAGUCGUUCGGACAGGAAGUCAGAGUCUAUUGCAAGGGUCUCUACGUUGGCGCCGAGUUCAUCGUCCCCGGUGAUCUUGUUCAAUUCCAGAUGCCCGGACUUCACGACAGCGUCGGUCUGGAUGUCAUCCAAAUCCAGCAGAUCUACGUAAGCAUUCGCCUCGACCGCGAGCCCCACCCUCAAAGCAUCCGGGUCAUGGGUUGUACUUACACCACUGAUCCCAACCACUCUGUCGGUCAAUAUGAUCGCCCCAUCCCUCAGGAAGAGCUGCCUACCCCUUCGAUGCGUGGCUUUGGCAACUGGUACAUGAUGCAGGCCAAAGACGACCUGACCUAUGUCCCUGCCACUGUCCUACUCGCUCGUCUGUUCGAAGACGGCUGGUACAAGGCCAUCGUGGGCACAGCCAGCUACUCCAAGGUAGCCAAGAAUGGCGGUGCGCGCCACAUGAGAAUGGAUGACGACAUCAUCAACAUGUUGUACGGUCUCAAAGGUGUCCUUCCCGCCCGCGAGUUCUCGUCGAAGUUCGAUGCGCGUGUAAAGGACGGAGACGAUGGACAGGGCUGGUACAUUGCAGAAGACCGCGUCGAGCAACUUGAUCUCAGCCAGGUUAACGGCCAGGAUGUUGGUGAUAAGGCUCGCUUUGGCUUCGAGGAUCCUGAUCACCUCCAGGAACAUCAUCUCCAGUCCAUGUUCCGCGCAUACAACUAUCGCAGACAGGGCACCAAGGGCAAAUACAACCACACGGUCCCAGCACAGGGUAAACAGCCCAUGACUUCCGGUAUGGCCGGUAGUGGCAUGAACGGCCUUGAGGAGCCCGUUAGCGACGAGCCUUUUGACGAGGAGCAGGCCGAACUGGAUCACGCCAACAGAGCCAUGGACAAGUUCGAGCAAGAGUUCAAUAGCCGUGUCACCGAGGACGACUUUGACGCAUUCAUCUCCUAG